GUAGAUAUAGUGCCAUGUUAAGAUAUCUAUAUUCCAUGAAAUACAAUUCUUACUUCGCUUUGAUUCGAAAAAUAUACGUCGGAUUGCAAUUCGUAGUUAUGGAAGAGCAGCAUGGAUAGAUUGUAGAAUAGAGAGUAGUGUUUCAGAUGUGAAGAGAAUUGAUAACACGUUUUAAUUUUAUAUCAGGGGAAACCGUGACGAGCCAACUCAGCCCAACCAGUCCAAACGAAGACAGUUCAGGCGAAUCCCGCCCAGACAAACCUCGAUUACAACGCUCUAUGGGUCAAAGCAAGAAGACUUUCCGAUUGAGAAAGAGUCGAAGAAGUCACGUAGAAGCAGUGCAAGUGAAAUCAGAACAAAGUAACAAUAUAUCACAGCCGCAAACUUCUCAACCAUCGAUACUAACGCCACCUACACCAGUGAUGGAACCGUCGAGCUUCAGUAUCCCUUCCGACUCAUCGUCCAUUCGUUCGAGAAGAAGUUCUUCCAUCCGUCAAUCUGAUUGCGAGAAAGGUGGUAAUCUGCUCAACGAUCAACAACUUCACGCCACGCUUCAUUAUCAUCAUCAUCAUCAUCAUCAUCACCAUCAUCAUCUCCACCUCCAAACGUCGGACGCCUCGUGGGACGAGGAUACAUCCACACCGCCUUUGGCGUCGCCAGACUUGAACGACAUGCCCUCGACUAGUAGCACUACGACUCACGUUUUCGAGGGAAGCUCGCCUGAUUGCUCCAUAAACGGUAGCGGGGGAGAGAAAACUGCUCUGUUGACGGCUAGCCAGAGAACAACUUCUCAACAUUCCCUGCUCAUGGUUUUUCCGAAUCAAGACGAAGAUACGUUGAUAUAGACUUGUAAUGGAUAUCUAUAUAUAUAUAUAUAUAUAUAUUAUUUACAAUUUCAAUCUAAAAUAUAUAUCUGUUUUAUAUAUUUAUCUAUCUAUUUAUCUAUAGGAAAAAAUUUUACUUUUUUCCACAUACACAAUGAACAUGCAAGAUAAAGCGUUAGCAAUUAAAGGUUGAAUCGAAACACGAUAACGUAGAGAAUUUCGUAACGUAGAUCGAUUACGAAUUAACGAAACGAUUUAAUAUACAGUGUUCAGAGUUUUCAAUAAUAAUAAUAAUGUUCUCCGUUGACCGGAAAGACCAAUUAAAAAUACAUAUGUUGAGAGCCUAUCUUGUGGUCACGAAAUAUGUACUUUGUAAUACUUCGAUGAGCGUAAUGAAAUUACCGGACCACGUGGACGAUUAGGCCUAAAUAUUUGUAUGUUGACGACUCU